AUGUCUCCAAAUAAAGCCACCAGUGGAGUAACGGCUAAUGGUUUACAUGACAACGAUGUUUUGAGUGCCCCGGCCGACGAGUAUAGCGAUUACGUGCUUGGCACGUCCACGACUGCCAAUGACGACGACAGUGGCUUCGUCGGUGAUAUACCACCGGAAGCGAAAGCUCCAGCCGAUGAAUACAGCGACUAUGUGGCCGAACGCGGUACCGUGGAACUACACAGUGGGGGCUUUGCUUAUAGCGACCCCCACAGCUCAUCAAUGGCUACGAAUGAGUCCACCAUUGACUCUGGAAGUGGGUUACCAAGUCAAGACGAUGAUGUGCCAUUGAGUGCUCCUGCUGAUGAAUAUAGCGAUUACGUUCUUGGUCCGGGAGAUGAUAAUGCUGACGAUGACAAUGAAGACUCUACCAUAGAUGACGGUUCUCCAGGAUUACGAGCUCCUGCUGAUGAAUAUAGCGACUACGUGGACCUGCGUCGUCAUGCUUGA